GGCUGCGGGGUCACGGGGGUCCCGCGGGAGGGGCGGUGGCGUUGCUCUGAUGCCGGUCAACGAGGGAAAGUGCGGGCCGUUUGAGUUCCGGGAGGGCUGUGUGAGGCCAUUUGUGCACGCGUGGGAAAAAAACACGAAUAAACGGAAUGGGGAUCCCGCACCGGGGGGGGGAGGAGAGCUCCGCGCCCGGCCCUGCCCCGCGCCCCGGCGACGUCACCGUGUUUACAGUGCGCGCGUGGCGCGGCGCCGCGCUGGGGAACGGGCAGCGAACGGGGAACCGGGAAAGGAAGGGCCCCGCGCGGUGCGCUCCGUGUUGGGGGGGGAAUUGGCUGCGGCCGUGCUGAGCUCAGUGCUUUUGAACGCCGGGGAAAUGUGUUGAGGCGGCAUUUUCUUCGCUGCAGUCAUCGCGUUUGGCACUUUUCAGUGCGAUCUUUCUUCGGGAACCUCUGAAAAGCAGAGAAAUCAGCGGUCUGCAGAGCCGGGCUGUGUCUGGGCUCAGUGUCAUCCGGGUCUGCUGCCUUCCCAUCACCCUCGUGUUGCUAGUGUUGCUGUGCUGGGUCUCUGGUAGGGAACGGGGGGGGGUCCAAACUGGUGCUGCUUUCAGGCACAGCCCCGUCUCAGGGCCACUCCCAGAACCCAGCACACACUGCCCGGUUCCUCGGGUACAGACGCUGCAGCCCUCAUGUCCAACAGAAGUGAUGUUGUGAUUCAGGCUUGGGGAGCACUCUCCUGACCCCAUCACAGCUCUCUGGGUCCCUGCACUCAUCCCAGCCACGUCCCUCCACCUGGUCCCUCACAUUUCUACACUUGCUUUGCACAGCGGCUCUUGUUGGCCCAUCCUUUUGUGUCUGUAUCUGUGGGUUUAUGUAUUUUUCUUAGCAGAAAAGACGGUGUGAGGUACAGAGUGAGCAUAAACUCUGAGGUCAGGGCUGUAUGAGCUCCCUGCCCUGCUCUGCCCCCCGUGCCCAGCCUGAUGCAGUGUUUAUUUCUUUACAUCUGCUGCAAUGAAGGAAGUUUUAGUAUUUCCUAGUGGUAGGGAACCAUUUAGCCCUGUGGGGUAUGAAUUUCUGCAGCCAUACCGACCCCAGUGUGCAGUCAGAGGAUUCUGCAGGGCCGGUGUUAUGCCUCUCCCCAGUUAUUCUCUUCCUUCUGCCCCUUUUUCCAGCGGCCAUUUUGUUUGAUGGGGUGUGAGGGGCGGGUGCAGGAAACAAGAAAGAGAAAGAACGGCAUGAGAAAGCGCAGAACUGAUUUCAGGAGGCAGAAGUCUGCGUGUGCUCCCCCCACUGCAGCCACCUCCCUUGGUGGCAAAGUGACCCUUAUGGCGCUGUCAGGUUGUCACGGACAUCGUGCUGCAAGGAACAUUGUCCUCUGGGUAUAAAUAGCCACCUCCUGGCAGGCUCCGGCCUUGGGAGCAUCUGAAUUGUGCUCCUCUGCUCUGUGUCCUGCACAGUGCUGAUCCUGCUCACCUCUAGCAGUCAGCACCGGGCGCAUUGCGGGAGCCUGAGCUGCAGCUGCUGGAGGAGCAAAAAUCCGUAUUUGCUGACUGUACAGCUGGGUCUUGGCUGCAACUCUGCCUCUUACGUCGUGCAAACAAAAGAGCAGCGAACAGAAUUGCUGUUGGCUGGCACAGAAGGUACAAAGGUGCUUGCAGACUGCACCUGCACGGAGGCAGUGCCAGGCUGUGUGGGAUGGACGUGGCUGUUGAGGAUUCAGUUUGUUGGGGUGCAGUGACAUUCUGACCUGAGGUGUGAGGGGAGGAGGUGCAUAGGGACAGGAGCCCUGCUAUGCCUCUGUAUGGAGACAGCCCCAGGAGCUGCUGUUAUCGAUCUGGAAUGCUGUCCUCCCUGGCAGCGGAGGAGUCUGCUCCCCUCCAGUUUCAGCCUCCCUUGAUCUUUGUUUUCUUAUCUCUCAGCUUUGAAGAUAAGGAAGGGAGAAGGUGGUGCUGUCCUGGCUUUGCUGGGGCUGAUAGGGACUGCCUCAAUGGGAAAUGCGUAUGGCUGCAGGUCAGCUUUGGGUGACAGGAGCAGGGAGGGCUCUGGAGGUUUUUGUUAGAUCAGUAAUGGGAUUCCUGUGAGCCCCAGCACUGAGCCGUGGGUUUGGGCUGCUCGUCCUCCCCACAGGAAGAGUUGGAUGCAGAACGCAGACUGUAACCCAGCUGUUCUAGCUUUGCUGGGAAGCACCCACAGUUUGGAGAGGAAUGAGCGUGGCAGCUGUGUUCAGCACCUCACAAGUGCCCCGUGCAGGUGAAGCUGUCCCUUCCACUCACUGCCGGUGAUGUGCUCCUGGACCGUGCCAGGCUGUGUCCUUGGGAGCAUCAUGGGUCUGGCAGGACUCGCUCUGGGCAGCUCUGGCUGUGCUGGGCAGUGGGUGUGUGGGGCUGUGCUGUGCUCAGGGGCUGUGAGGAUGCAGCUGGGAGCAGAGGCGCGGGCUGCCGGUGUGCUGAGUCAGCGUGACUGGCCCUGAGCAGGCGUGCUCCGGACCUGGCUGCUGCUGCCAGGCUAUUUUUAAAAAUGUGGCUUCCGUGUAUUCUGGCUCCUCCUAGUUUUUUAAUUUCCUCCCCCCCCGCCCCAAACAAAAAACAGCAUUGCUACAAGUCUCCGUGGUUGUAGGGCUGUGGAAGGGCAGCAGUUCCUGCUAAGGGGCGGAAUCUGUUGCCACGCUAGCCUGACUGACGUGGCUGCCGUGUUAUGACGACCCCCAACAAAGGAAACAAGGCCUUGAAGGUGAAGCGGGAGCCAGGCGAGAAUGGGACCAGCCUGACAGAUGAGGAGCUGGUGACCAUGUCUGUGCGGGAGCUGAACCAGCAUCUGCGGGGCCUGUCCAAGGAGGAGAUCAUCCAGCUGAAGCAGCGCCGGCGCACGCUGAAGAACCGAGGCUACGCGGCCAGCUGCAGGGUCAAGCGCGUUACCCAGAAGGAGGAACUGGAGAAGCAGAAGGCAGAGCUGCAGCAGGAGGUGGAGAAGCUGGCCUCUGAGAAUGCCAGCAUGAAAAUGGAACUCGAUGCUCUCCGCUCCAAAUAUGAGGCACUCCAGAACUUCGCCAGAACCGUGGCCCGGAGCCCUGUCACCCCCGUGCGGGGCCCUCUCACCUCCAGCAUGGGGCCCCUCGUCCCUGGCAAGGUCGCUACCACUAGUGUCAUCACAAUAGUGAAAUCCAAAACGGACGCCCGGUCUUAGUGAAGCGAGUGUUGCCUGAGCUUGUCUGUGCAGGGCAAUUAGGCACAAAACCAGCCUGGAAUCCCCAAAGCACAAACCCUCCCCACACGGGUCAGGGUUCCUUCUACUUGGCCCAGGACUGGCCUGCUGAUCGCUCUGGUUUUGUUUUGUUGUGUUCAGAUUGGUAUGAGCAGUGGUGAUGCUUCCCUUGUCCUGUGCAGACAGCACCUCCCACCCAGCGGUCUGUAGCCCUCAGCUGCCCUUGGGACAGGCUGUAAGAUCUCGGUGUUCUGGCCAAGGGAAGUCUGCGCUGCGCGGCGAGAGGCCCGGAGGGAGGCUUUCUUCCUGGAACCCCAGUUUUCAGUCACUUCCAAAGGCUUUAUUUCAUUACUCUUCCAGGUGGUGUAUCCAGGUGCCUGACUGCCCGGCACCUGAGCCUGCUGCUUUUGUCUCAUCCGGUACCUGUAGUUGCAGCUGGGGUGUUCUGUGUAAUAGAUGUGGUAUUCAUUUCUAGGUGCGCCUCUGUGCCCAAGCAGUGAGUUUCCUUCAGGCUUCCAUUGCAGUAGAGUGCGGAUAGCGGCGGUGGAUGGGAAGAUGCUGGUGUGCCCCACUGCCUCUGCCCCAGCUGA